UAAGCAUAUUACAUAUUUAUGAAAUGCAUAUUUAAUGACGAAUGAUAUAAGUCUAAUAAACAUCUAUGAUAAGUUCAAAAUCCGCGCAUGCGUUAUGCUGCGGACCAUUGUGCGGACCAUUGCCUCAGUGCACGCGCGUGACCAGAGCAAGCGGCCACCGGCACGGCAAGGUGUUCUCGCCCCUGACGAGGCACAACUGGCUUUCGAGAAUGGCUCCACGAGUGGCCCACCAUUUGGGCCGCGGGCUGAGGUACUGCAGAUACUCGCGGGUCCACCGCUGCCACAGGUGGUCCCGCAUCUGCUGCAGGAGACGCCACCGAUUCAGCCGAUUGGUUGGGAAGUCCAGGAGUGACGGCUCCGGGAUGGCGAAAAGAGUGUCUCCCACCAAGAAUUGCUCAGGCGUCAGGGCAUCGAGGUCGUCCGGGUCGUCAGUCAAGGCCUCGAACGGCCUUGAAUUGAGGCAGGCCUCGACCUCUGUGAGAAACGUCGACAGUUCCUCAGAGGUGUCUGGCCUCGCCGAUGGUGCGUCGCAGGUGAUGCUUGACAGCCUUGACAGCUGCUUCCCACAGGCCGCCGAAGUGUGGAGCUGCCGGUGGAUUGAAGCUCCACCGUACUCCUCGGUCUGCAAGGUGCCCGACAAUAGUGUGGAUCUCACGGCCAGCAGCCUUGAAGAGGUCCCUGAGCUGUCGGUCCGCGCCUACAAAGUUAGUGCCGCAGUCGCUGUAAACGACUGUGCCCUCGUCGAGACACGAACCGACGAAAGGCCGCUAGAAAUGCCUCGGCGGUGUAGUCGCUGACGGCCUCAAGGUGUACGGCGCGGGAGCUGAAACACACGAAUACAACUAGGAAGCCUUUGUAGGCCUUGUGUCCUCGGCCUCUCGUCGUUCUGAGCCACACCGGGCCGGCGAGGUCCACGCCGGUGUGCUGAAAUGGACGGCUCGGAGUGACGCGCGCUCUCGGCAGGUCGCCCAUCUUUGACCGUGGAGUAGCCGCCCGCCAUCGGACGCAUGGGUGGCAGCUGUGGAUGUGGCGGCGAACCAGUUGGCGUCUUCGCGGAAUCCAAAAUCGUUGCCUGAUGUGAGCUAAGGUGGCCUGGACUCCUCCGUGAAAUGUACGUCUGUGGGCGGCGUCAAUCACCAGGCGCCCGCUGACUCUCAGGGUGCCCUCGUCAUCCAGCAUGAAAACCAUCUUGCGGAGCGAGCUUCGGGCAGGCAGCGUCCUUCCAGCACGGAUGUCCCGCAGCUCUGCAUGGUAUGACUCGACUCCUGAGCUAACCGGAUCCAUCUCGACAGGGCGGCCUCCAGCUCCUUAGGUCCCAGGAACGCCGACACAGCUUCACCAUCUGUCGAACGAAGUCUUCGUGGCCUCCAGCGCCAGAUCCAGGCUGACACGCAAAGCAAGCGACGAAGGCAGAAGAAGCGGUUGAGCUCCUCAGGUUCUCGCUUCUCGGUGGCUGCAUGGCAUCGUAACGGUCGCUGCUCCGGUAAGUCAGCCGUUUCCAGGUGUCCGACGUCCUUCGGCCAAAAGUCCGCGCGAUGGCGGAGAUAUUCCGGCCCUCGC